UCACCCAAGGACUCGCUCAACGCUGAGGCCGAGUCUUUCAAGCCUGUCGGCAACAAGCAGAUUGAUCCCUACCACUCGGCGACUUCUGCUACGGCCAUCGCUGCCGAAUCCGCAUACGCUGCACACAACUACCACCCUCUGCCAGUCGUCUUCUCGAGGGCACAGGGAGUAGACGUCUGGGACCCAGAAGCAUACAGCGCCGUGAACCAAGGCCACUGCCACCCCGAACUCGUCAAGGCUCUCGUUGCACAGGCUUCAAGACUUACACUCAGUUCUCGCGCUUUCUACAACGAUGUCUUCCCUCGCUUCGCUGAGAAGGUCACUUCAAUGUUGGGCUUCGAGAUGGUCCUGCCCAUGAACACUGGUGCCGAGGCUGUAGAGACCGCCGUCAAGAUCGCACGCAAAUGGGGAUACAAGGUCAAGGGCAUUCCAGAGAACAAGGCCUGGGUCUUCUCCGCCCAAGAGAACUUCCACGGCAGAACAGUAAGCACUCCACGACCACAAGCAAUUGCCCGUGCGCACAAGCUAAUUCAUGCUCCAGNNUUCGCUGCCAUCACCAUGUCUACCGACCCCGAAUCCAGAGACAACUACGGUCCUUACCUGCCCAACAUCGGCUCUUCGAACCCUACCAAUGACGAACCCAUUCGCUACAACAAUGUCGCCGAUCUCGAGAAGGUGCUUGAGGAGCACGGCAAGAACACUGCUGCUUUCCUGGUCGAGCCCAUCCAGGGUGAAGCAGGUAUUGUUGUCCCGGACGAGGAUUACCUCAGAAAAGUACGUGAGCUGUGCGACAAGCACAAUGUCCUUAUGAUCUGCGACGAGAUCCAGACUGGCAUCGCCCGUACCGGCAAGAUGCUGUGCCACGAGUGGAGCGGUAUCAAGCCUGACCUUGUCCUUCUCGGCAAGGCAAUCAGUGGUGGCAUGUACCCUGUCUCUGCUGUCCUUGGUAAGAAGGAGAUCAUGCUCACCGUCGAGCCCGGCACUCACGGUAGCACUUACGGUGGUAACCCUCUUGGUUCCGCCAUUGCUAUCAGAGCGCUUGAGAUCAUCGAGGAAGAGAACAUGGUCCAGCAGGCUCAAGUCCUUGGUGAGAUGUUCAGACAAGGUCUUCGCGACAUCCAGGCCAAGAACUCGAUGAUUUCAUUGAUCCGUGGUAAGGGUUUGCUUAACGCCAUCGUCAUCGACGAAAGCAAGACCAACGGCCACAGCGCAUGGGAUCUCUGCAUGUUGAUGAAGGAGAAGGGUCUCNUUGGUAAGAAAAGCUUCGCUAACGCCAAACCCACUCACCAAAACAUCAUCCGUCUGGCACCUCCUCUCGUGAUUUCCAAGGAGCAAAUUGAGACUUCGCUCAGAAUCAUUGCAAAGGCAGUGGACGAGUUGCCCAACUUGAAGGGUCAAAAAGAGGAGAAGGUGCUUCCUCCGGGCGAGAAGGACGUGCAUAUUGGCGUCGACAAC